AUGGAGGCUUCUCUUGAUCAUUCAAGCAUCUGCCCUCGCUUCCUCCUCCUUCGGGCCAUCCAGCCCUCUUCCCCCUUCCCCCUCGCUUCCUCCUCCUUCGGGCCAUCCAGCCCUCCUCCCCCUUCCCCCUCGCUUCCUCCUCCUAAGGGCCAUCCAGCCCUCCUCCCCCUUCCCCCUCGCUUCCUCCUCCUAAGGGCCAUCCAGCCCUCCUCCCCCUUCCCCCUCACUUCCUCCUCCUUCGGGCCAUCCAGCCCUCCUCCCCCUUCCCCCUCGCUUCCGCCUCCUUCGGGCCAUCCAGCCCUACUCCCCCCUCCCCCUCGCUUCCUCCUCCUAAGGGCCAUCCAGCCCUCCUCCCCCUUCCCCCUCGCUUCCUCCUCCUUCGGGCCAUCCAGCCCUCCUCCCCCUUCCCCCUCGCUUCCUCCUCCUUCGGGCCAUCCAGCCCUCCUCCCCCUUCCCCCUCGCUUCCUCCUCUUAAGGGCCAUCCAGCCCUCCUCCCCCUUCCCAGUCGCUUCCUCCUCCUUAAGGCCAUCCAGCCCUCCUCCCCCUUCCCACUCGCUUCCUCUUCCUAAGGGCCUUCCCGCCCUCCUCCCCCUUCCCCAUCCCUCCUCCUCUUCCCCCUCGCUUCCUCCUCCUAAGGGCCAUCCAGCCCUCCUCCCCCUUCCCCCUCGCUUCCUCCUCCUAAGGGCCAUCCAGCCCUCCUCCCCCUUCCCCCUCGCUUCCUCCUCCUUCGGGCCAUCCAGCCCUCCUCCCCCUUCCCCCUCGCUUCCGCCUCCUUCGGGCCAUCCAGCCCUCCUCCCCCGCCCCCCUCGCUUCCUCCUCCUAAGGGCCAUCCAGCCCUCCUCCCCCUUCCCCCUCGCUUCCUCCUCCUUCGGGCCAUCCAGCCCUCCUCCCCCUUCCCCCUCGCUUCCUCCUCCUUCGGGGCAUCCAGCCCUCCUCCCCCUUCCCCCUGGCUUCCUCCUCUUAAGGGCCAUCCAGCCCUCCUCCCCCUUCCCCCUCGCUUCCUCCUCCAUUGGGCCAUCCAGCCCUCCUCCCCCUUCCCCCUCGCUUCCUCCUCCUAAGGGCCAUCCAGCCCUCUUCCCCCUUCCCCCUCGCUUCCCCCUCCUAAGGGCCUUCCCGCCCUCCUCCCCCUUCCUUCUCGCUUCCUCCUCCUUCGGGCCAUCCAGCCCUCUUCCCCUUUCCCCCUCGCUUCCUCCUCCUAAGGGCCAUCCAGCCCUCCUCCCCCUUCCCCCUCGCUUCCUCCUCCUUCUCCCCAUCCAGCCCUCCUCUCCCUUCCCCCUCGCUUCCUCCUCCUAA